GCGCUGUCCCUUCCUGCUCCCCCCACCGCCCCAGAGCUGGCGAUAAAAGCCAGCCCCAGCCCCGGCCGAGCAGCGCCUGCCCCACAGCCACCCCACAGCCAUGGGGCUGAGUCCCGCUCCCGUCCUUGCCCUGCUGCUGCUGGGAGCCACGGUGGAUGGGCAGCCCCGGGGACGGAUCCUGGGGGGCCGCAAGGCUGACCCCCACGUGAUGCCCUACAUGGCCUCGCUGCAGCUGGAUGGGCAGCACAUCUGCGGGGGCUUCCUCAUCGCUGAGCAGUGGGUGCUGAGCGCUGCCCACUGCACCGAGGAGACGGAUGGCAAAAUCUUCCAGGUCCUCCUGGGCGCCCACUCGCUGACGAAGCCGGAGCCCCACAAACGCCUGUACCGGGUGCGCGCGCAGAUCCCCCACCCCGGCAGCAACAUCCACAACAACAAGGACGACCUCCUCCUCCUCCAGCUGGAGGAGAAAGCGGAACUGAACGAGCACGUGCAGGUGCUGCCAUUCCAGCGGGAGGACAGGGACGUGGCGGCCGACACGGUGUGCAAGGUGGCAGGCUGGGGGACCACCAGCCACAGCGGCCACCGGCCGGACGAGCUGCACAGCUUGGAGCGGCCGGUGAUCAGCCGUGACGUCUGCAACCACCGCACCCGCCACGACCACACCAUCACCGAGAAGAUGAUGUGCACCGACUCCCGCAAGAAGGACACCUGCAAGGGAGACUCCGGUGGCCCCCUGGUCUGCAACGGGGUGGCCGAGGGGGUGGUCACGGCCGGCUCCCGCGUCUGCGGCAACUACAAGAAACCUGCCAUCUACACCCGCAUCGCCCCGUACGUGGCCUGGAUCGACAGCGUCAUGGCCUCUGCGGCUGGGGAGGGGGACACUCGCUGAGCCCCCCCCCAGGGAGCCGGCCCCACGCCACGGCUUGCUGCUGCCGGCACGGCCAGAGCACCCAUGCUGCGCUCGGGGAGAGCCGCACCGCUGAGCACCAGGGGUUCCCACCGCUCCCCAACCUGCUCCUGGAGCGUCCCCACAUCCCAGGAGGGGGACUGGGCCGGGGAACCAGCGAGAAACCAGGGGAAGGGGGUCCCUGGCCCCCCACUCACAAAGUACAGGGCCCAGCUGGGGUAGGGCGGGGGGUCACAGCCCCCCAUGCUGGUGCGAGCCACAGGCUUUGCUGGACGUGCCUGUCACGCUGACUGCGACCUGCUGCAAUAAAGCGAUGGCCAUUU